AAGGCAACAACAACGACGUUCAUCUUUUGCCCAACUUGUUGAUGCCGAAGACGAGCAACUUUACUAUCGAUGUAGUGCUUGUAGUUAUAAACAUUUUGCUGAAAAAGAUGAAUGUCUAGUCCGUUUCAGAGAAGUCAAACCUCCAUCAAAAAUAUACGUGUGCGAAGAGUGUAAAACGAUUCAAUACCCAUCACGUUUAAUUAAGGCUAUGAUUUCCAAUAAAGAUGUGUUUAAGAGUAUUGAAAAUAUGAAUGAGGACGAUAAUCUUGAGCAAGAAACAGAUCUUGUCUCUCAGGAUCAAGAAGAAAGUACCACUGGUUGGGAUGAAUCGGCUGGAAAUGUGCAACGUGCAAACAUCAUGCAAGGCCGCGACGGUCGGUCAAAAGGACAUGGUAUUGUGCUCUAUGCAACUGUAGCUGAUGCGAAAAAUGCAAUUUCAACAUUUGACGGUUAUGAAUGGCAUGGAAGAAGAUUAGAAGUUAGAGAGGAUCGUAGUGCAAUGGACUUUCCUCCACCUCCUCCAAGAACUGAGGGAGCAAAUACUAUAAAUCAGUCGGAGGCAUUAUAUCCAUUUUCUUUACAUAUAAGUGGAUCAUCUGUAACUUCAAAUGAGAUCAAUGGAACCACGUCAUCAACGCAAACGUCGUCUUCUCCAGUAGAUUAUCCUAAUGAAAAUAUUACUUUGAAUGGUAUAUCUAAUAAUAUUAAUAACGGUACCACGUAUACUGACGAAUCUACGAUCAACAAUACGACUACUGGAACAAAUGGGUUGAAUAAUUCAAACACGAAUUUACAAAGGCAACAACUUUUUGUUGGCAACUUACCGUUUCGUGUACGAUGGCAAGAUUUGAAGGACCUAUUUCGAAAGGCGGGGACAGUGUUACGUGCAGAUGUGGCAAUGGGUUAUGACAAUCGAUCUAAAGGUCAUGGAACUGUUUUAUUCGGAAGUUUGGAAGACGCAAAAAAUGCAAUCGCAAUAUUUAAUCAUUACAAUUGGCAAGGCCGUAGCCUUGAACAAGCUUCUCAGGAGACUCGCCGGACUGUUGAUCCAGUACCAACACAUAACCAUACACAGGCUCCUUAUGUACCAAAUGCACCGAUGGAUAUUUUGCAGCCUACCAGAGGAAUCCAAGUACCGCAACAAAACUUUGCUGGGAGAUUACUUUUUGUCGGAAAUUUGCCUUUUAAUUGUCAAUGGCAAGAUUUAAAAGAUCUCUUUCGAAACGCUGGGAAUAUUAUUCGUGCUGAUGUUUCAACAAAUUAUGAUGGGCGAAGUCGAGGUUUUGGAACUGUGUUGUUUGCAACACCCGAGGAUGCUAGAAAUGCUGAAUGUACAAUGGUUAUGAAUUCCAAGGAAGAACUGCAUUUACCACCUCCUGUACACCCACACCAUCGACCACCGCCAACUUUGAUACCAAGCAUUGCACAUCAUAAUUUUCAUAUGGGUCCCCCACCACCAAUUCCACAUCCACAUUUUAUUCCUCCAACGCAUAUGGGACCUUUUUCACCGCCAUUGGCAACACCACCUCUAACCAGUCCACCACCUUUUACCAGUCCACCACCUUUUACCACCACAUAUAAUCCAUUGGCACAUAUUAACAACCAACCAAAUACAAAUUCAAAUAGUUUUGCACCAUUUCAUCCAAUUCCUAUUCAUCACAGUAUGGGGGCAACUUCUCAGCAAUCAUCAUCUAGUCAACCUCAAGGCAUGUCACAAGAUCAGGCGACCACGACCGCGACCACCGCUUCUCAAUUUAAUGGUUUUGGCCCGAUUGGAAAGAAUAACCAUUCACCACAACCAACUACAUCAUCGUCAAUAUCGAAUUUAGGAGCUAUAGGUUUCCCUGGAACUUCAAAUACGGCAAAUGGAAUAGUUGUCACAAAUGGAACUGAUAAUAAUUAUGGGACCGGGAAUGAUAAUGUUAUUCAUAAUAUAACAUCUUCAUUUGCUAAUUUACAUAUUAAUCCGACCCCUCAACAAUUAUUUUUCCAUCCACCGCAUCAUCCACAUCAUCGUCCACGGCUGACCUAUCCAUGGGAUCGUAAAGAUGAUAUUAACAUUGAAACCUUUCUCGAUAAUUCUGAUGAAGAGGGAUAUCGCACACCUCCUAUAAAGAUUACGCCCAACACAUUUAUAACCCCAAUUACAGAGCGCACCAAAGAUGUGGUUAAUGGGAAAAAUU